AGUGAUGGUGGAGGAUGCAUCUUUGAACAUAAAAUGUUGUUAAGACUUCCAAAAUUCUUCAAAAAUGAAGGAUAAUACACACUUUUAGAACAAUUUUAAGUUUUUUUUUUUUCCCAAAAUUGAAUUGAAUUUUUAAGUGGUCUCUCAAGAUAUCAACUCAUAAAUACAUAAUGACAUACAAGUACAAUAAUAAUCAAAAUUAUACAUUGAUAUAUGUGCCAAACUGCCAAUCAAAAUAUUACGUUUUAUCGAAAUAUGAAACAGAGGGAGUAUUCCCUACCUAUUAUUUCCACAUUCCACAUUCCCGUACAAAUUCUAAAUAUAGAGUCCAUACUCCAUAGCCCAUUCUUUCUAAAGUUGCUACAUUCACUAUCCACUUACAUUCCAAGCCCAAUUACCGACACAAUCCACCCGUUUAUCAAAAUUCAAGUAUUUUUCCUUCCAAAAAAAAAAAAAAAAAAAAACUCUUUGAAAUGAAGCAAUCAAAAAUGGAGUUCACUCUCUAAUCUCAGAUCACCCGUUGAAAUUCUCUCUCCUCUUCUUCCCAAUUUCACAUCCAAAUCCCUAAUUUCCCACAUUGUAACUCCAAUUUAGGUUUUAAAUGUCUUCAUAAUUUCCCCAAUUUAGGGAUUUUCUCUCUCCUCACAUCCAUCACUCUGUAAAAACUCCCGGCAAAAUCAUGAGAGUCUCGUCGGAAAAUCAAUCGGCGGCAAUGGCGGCGGGAACAGGGUUUCGUGAAGCUGAAUCACUGUUUCGGGCGAAACCCGUUUCUGAGAUUCGAAACGUGGAGUUGAAUACCCGGAAACAGAUCGAAGACAAGAAGGAAGAACUUCGUCAGCUGAUUGGGAAUCGUUACAGAGAUCUGAUUGAUUCGGCUGAUUCAAUUUUGUUGAUGAAAUCGUCUUGUGAGUCAAUUUCUUCUAAUAUUCAAUCGAUCUCUGAUUCAAUUUUUUCGCUUUCUUCUGCCGUGAGUCCUAAGUUUUCGGCUAACCCUAACCCUAAUCGAACUAAAAUCUAUGGCAUUGCUAGUAGGGUUAAGUAUUUGGUUGAUACCCCAGAAAAUAUUUGGGGGUGUUUGGAUGAAUUUAUGUUUUUGGAGGCUAGUGCUAGGUAUAUUAGAGCUAAAUUGGUUUAUCAAGGGUUGAAUUUGGUGGGGCAUGAUGGGGGGAAGAUUUUGAAGAAGAAUUUUCCAUUGUUGAAUCAUCAAUGGCAGAUUGUUGAGAGCUUUAAGGGUCAGAUUUCGCAGCGGAGUCGAGAAAGGUUGUUGGUGAUGUUGGAUAAGGAAGAGAAUGAUGUUUGGAAGUUGCCAAUUGGGGCUUUUGCGGAUGCUCUUGCUGGUGUUGCGAUAAUUGAUGAGCUCGAUCCUAAGCAGGCAUUUGGGUUGUUUUUGGACUCUCGGAAGUCGUGGAUUUUGCAAAAGUUGAGUAAUUUUGAUGGUAAUGCUGUGGUUCCUGUGCUUUGUGAGGUGACUAGGAUAAUUCAGGUUACCAUAGGUCAUGUAGGGGAGAUGUUUUUGCAAGUUUUGAAUGAUAUGCCGUUGUUUUAUAAAGUUAUUUUGGAAUCGCCGCCUGCUGCACAGUUAUUUGGUGGGAUACUUAAUCCAGAUGAAGAGGUGAGAUUGUGGAAUGAGUUUAGGGAUAAGUUGGAGUCAAUUAUGGUGCUGCUUGAUCGGGAGUUUAUUGCAAAGGCGUGUUCUAGCUGGUUGAGGGAAUGUGGGAGAGAAAUUGUGAAAAAGAUUGAUGGGAGGUGUCUCAUUGAUGCGAUUCCUAGUGGAGAAGAGCUCGCGUCGGCUGAGAAGCUUAUACGAGAGACUAUGGAAAGUAAAGAUAUUUUUGAAGGAAGCUUGGAGUGGCUGAAGAGUGUUUUUGGUUCUGAUAUUGAGCUUCCUUGGAGUAGGACUAGGGAACUUGUUUUAGAGGAGAGUGUGGACCUUUGGGAUGAGAUAUUUGAGGAUGCUUUUGUAUCUAGAAUGAAAGUUAUUAUUGACUCAGGAUUCAAUGAUUUGACUGCCGCCGUAAAUGUUUCAGAGUCGAUUCAAGCAGUUGGAAGCAAUUUUGAUGAUGACAGUGGCUUUGAAGCAUAUUUAUGCAGAUCGUCUGCUGAUGGCGGAGUUUGGUUUAUUGAGCCAAAUGCUAAAAAGUGUGCUAUUAUCCCAAGCGUAAAGGCCUUACCUGAGGAAUUUGACUUUGGCAGUUGCCUAAGUGCAUAUUUUGGGCCAGAAGCUAGCAAAAUUAGGGAUGCAGUAGAUAGCUGCUGCCAAAGUGUGCUGGAGGACUUGCUAUACUUUUUAGAAUCUCCAAAAGCACCUUUGAGGUUGAAAGACCUUGCACCAUAUUUACAAACUAAAUGUUAUGAAAGCAUAUCCACUAUCCUGGUAGAUUUGACAAAUGAACUUGACAAAUUACGUGCUGCCCUUGACAAUGUAAAGAAGGGAAGCAAGCUUCCGCCACCAGCCGCAAUUAUAGAGAGAUCUCUUUUUGUUGGAAGGCUGCUGUUUGCCUUUCGAAACCACUCGAAGCACAUCCCAGUGGUGUUAGGUUCACCAAGAGUUUGGGCGAAUGAAACUGUAGCUUUAAAUUCGGAGACAUUUUCUUCUGUUUCAAAAACCUUGAGGAUUUCUUUGGACUCGUUAACACCUGGUAGCCCAAAACCAUUGUUCAAUAACUCUAAAAGACAAAUGUCACUUACUGUUUCUGCUUUGUUUGGAGCAACUGACAGUACAAGUCCAAAACUUGAGGAACUCACUAGCAGUAUGAGAGACCUCUCUAUUGCAGCUCAUGGUUUGUGGAUCUCAUGGGUAUCUGAUGAGCUUGCAAGUAUCCUCUCAAAGGAUCUCAGAGUAGACGAUGCCCUAUUAGCCACAAAUCCAUUGCGAGGCUGGGAAGAGAUAGUAGUUAAGCAAGACCAAUCAAGUGAAGCCGAGUCGGACAUGAAAAUAUUGCUUCCAUCCAUGCCUUCUUUGUAUAUUUGUUCUUUUUUAUUCAGAGCAUGUGAAGAAGUUCAUCGCAUUGGAGGACAUGUUCUGGAUAAGACUAUUCUGCAGCAAUUUGCAAAGAGGCUCCUGGAAAAGGUUAUUGGACUUUAUAGCGACCUUGUAGCUAAUGGAGUGCAAAUGUCUGAGAAAGGAGUUCUUCAAGUUCUGUUAGACUUGAGAUUUGCUGGUGAUGUUCUUUCUGGAUAUGAUUCCACUUUAAAUGAUGGAUUAUUAAAAAGUCCAUCUACCAAAUAUAGUUACAGGAGGAAGCCAGAUAAGAGCACAGCCAAGUCAGCUACUAGGGAGCGUAUCGAUGGUCUAAUCAACCGCUUUUCACAAAGGCUGGAUCCAAUUGAUUGGCAAACGUAUGAGCCAUACCUUUGGGAAAAUGAGAGACAGUCUUACUUAAGACAUGCAGUCCUCUUUGGCUUCUUUGUUCAACUUAAUCGCUUGUAUACAGAUACUGUUCAAAAACUCCCUACCAAUUCAGAGUCUAAUAUAAUGAGAUGCUCUACUGUUCCUCGAUUCAAAUACCUUCCCAUCAGUACACCUGCUUUGUCUUCCAGGGCUGCGACUAAGUCACCUAUUCGGACUUCUUCUGAUGAUGUAUCAUCUAGAAGUCCAUGGGCUCAUACAAACGGGGAGUUCUCCCAGAAGGCUCUCUUGGAUGACAACUCAGGCUUUGGAGUGGCAGCCCCAUUUUUGAAGUCUGUCAUGUCGGUUGGGACUAGAUUUGGAGAGGGCACGUUUAAAUUAGGUUCAAUGCUAUCAGAUGCACGCUUCAAGGAUAAGUCAGCUGCUUCGAUGUCAUUUGGUGAUAUUUUACCAGUCCAAGCUGCAGGGCUCCUCUCAUCAUUCACUGCCACCAGAUCUGAUUCUUAAAUGAGAAUCAGAACCAUGAGAGUUUUUUCCCAUACCAAAAGGCUUCAUGUCUUCAUUUGAGAGAGAACCAUGACAGGCCUCUAUCGGUAUCCAUGUAGCAAAAUACGACUGUAUGUAGAUAACUUCCAUCACAUGUUUGAGCGGAAGGAAAUAUUGAGGUCUGUGGACACUGGCUAUCACCAGGAAUGAAACUAUGCUGUAUUUGGGAGUUGGUUUUGCUCCACUUACAAUUGGUUGUACAGUGAAUGUUCAAAUGGGAAAGUGGAUUCUACCAGAUAUGUCAAUUGGCAAGGCUAUAAAAUCAACAUCAUUUCUGGUUAGUUCAGUAACUCUGUUCAAGUUGGUUCCGGUUUCCCUAAAGCUUGAUAUAGUUGCUGUAUCUUUUCUUUAUCGUCUGGACCUGCAUUUUACUUUCGAUGUGGUAAUUUAACUCAAGCUCAUAUGGCAAUACCGUUGGUGUUCUCCAUUUCCUCUAUGAACAAGUAUUUUACUUGCCUAUUAGUAGUAUUAAGGCGGUGAAUUGUGAAGGCAACCUUUGUAUACCAAAAGCGAAAUAUAGUCUGCUGUAAACCUGUAAUGUUAGAUUAUAGAAAAUUUUAGUGUCAAUUUUGAUUCAUAGUUGAAUGUUUGUAAAUUGAACAGUAACAAAUAUAAUUGAUUUAAUUGUCUGUUUU